GCUGCAGUCCCGUGCUCCAGGCAGCCAGGGGCUAUGCCAGACCCGUGAGCAAGAAGAGGAAAGACAUCCCCAGCCAUCUGGAUGACCUUCCUCCCACCAUGCUGAAGAAGGAUUAUGCCAAUCUCCCCAUCAUGAACAGCGUGGAUGAUGUGGUGAAACGCCUGCUGUCCCUGGAGAUGGCAAGUCAGAGGGAGAAGUUGAAGGUGAAGACACAGCAGCUGGUGGAGAAGGUCAGGAGGUCUCCCCAUGACAAUGGCUCCUUUGAGGUGCAAGUUGCUAUUUUGACUGCCAAGAUCCGCACACUCGAGGAGCAUCUCCAGAGGCACCCCAAGGACAAAAGGAACCGCAGGUUCAUGCUGAUGGGUCUGGACAGGAGGAGGAAGAUGCUGGGCUACCUGCGCCGGGUCAACUACAGCACCUUUGAGAACACCUGCAAGGAGCUGAGCAUCCAGUACAGCCCCCCCCAGCCCUACAGCCGCCGCCUCACCAAGCGCUGGAUGGUCAAGAAGGCUUUGUGCAUCAAG